AUGGCGAAGCAGAAGCAAGUCGCUCCUGAAGACUCUGACGACGAAUCGCAGGUUCCCAGGCCUCAGCCCGAACAAAAAGAUAGCAGCGAGGAAGAAGAAGUAGCAACUUCAUCUGACGAGAACGAAGACACAGACGAAGGCGAAGAUGAACGUGAGAAACACGUGCUGUUGAAGUCUCAACCUUCGGCUUCUGUCAGUCAAACCAAAUUCGGGUCAAAGCGCGCAGCUGAAAAUAGUAUCAACCACUCGAACCAACCAAAACGUGGGAAGAAGACACAGGAGGAUCACGCCGUCGGCUCUGUUGAAAAGGAUCCGCAGAAAUCCAAAUCCCUCUUUCAGAGGGUUUUCAGCGAGGAAGAUGAGAUAGGUAUCUUGAAAGGCCUGUCUGAGUUCAUCGCGAAAACAGGGAAGGAACCCUAUAAAUGCGCUGAUGAAUUUUACGAUUUUAUGAAGGGGUCGAAUUUGAUUCGGGCAAAUGUAUCAUGCAUGCAAGUGAAGGAGAAGAUCCGCCGGCUGAAGAAGAAGUUUGAGAACAUCCUAAUAAAAGAGAAGAACGGCAAGGGGACAACCUUAAAGCCGCACGAGUUGGAAGCACUUCAGUUGGGAAAGAAUGUUUGGGGCCACGAUGGCCGUGGCGGUGAAGCAGUGCUCAACGAAACUGCGAAAAAAGAUACAAUUAAUAAUGAGAAGGCUGCGAAGAUUACUCCCAAGAAGGCGCUAGUGCCCCAUUCAAAAGAAAAAGCUGAAGCAAAGUCCAAACUAAAUUCUGAACCUUUGGAUUCAAAUGAAGGUAGAAGGAUGAGUGAAUUUUCUGUUACUAGUUUAGCUUUGACUUCAAUGUUGAGGUACGAUGGGACUUUUGGUAAGCCUUUCGGUGAAGAUUAUAUUAGAAAGGGAAUAGAGUUACUUGGAGUCGCAAAGAGGGAAGACAUGGAGGCUAGGUGGAGGAAGUUCACAGACGCUGAAAAUAAAUUGUAUGCGGAGAUAGCUGAAUUCUACGCCGAACAGGCUAAGUUGAUAUAUCAAGCAAAUAGCUCGUCGUCCUCCUAGAUAGCUAAGGAUGAUACAUUAUCUAAAACAGGACGAAGUGUAUCAAGCAUUUGUGGAAUAUGCAAUUGUAUGAAUUUAGUAUAGUUUCAUAUUUAAACUAGUUGGUUGCUGGGUUAUAUGUCUCCUGAUCUUGUUAUAUAUGCCACUUUUUUAUUUUGUUCGAUAGUAAUUUGGAAAUUUUGAUGAUUUUUGAAUGUCUUAACCGUUAAAAACAUGGUU